AUGAAAAACCUAUGUUUCAGAGUCAUUACCAUGGCUCUAUGUCUUUAUUUUACUGGAACUGUGACAAACCCAUCAAGAAAAAGCAGUAUUUUCUUCAAUUCUGAGUGCCUUUGGAAGGAAUAUCUUCUGAAAAAUUGUUCCUUUACUGGAAAGUAUGAUAUACCUGUGGACAUAUCACAGACAGCAGCCACAAUCGAUGUAAGUUCCAAUUUCUUUAGGGCUCUCUUACAAUCCCCCACGAAAAAAGAAUGGAAUAUAAAAUACCUGGACCUCAGUAACAAUCUCAUAUCAAGAAUAACCUUAAGCCCUCUUGCACAUUUACAUGGUUUGGAAAUAUUAAACCUCAGCAACAAUGCCAUCCGUUCCAUCUCAUUGGAUCUACCCAGUCCUAAGUCCUCAUGGGUGAAACACCACAGAAGCAGCUUGAGAAAUGGGCUUCCACAUCUAAGGCUGCUAAUUCUUCACAGAAAUAAACUCAGCGAUGUUCCCAGGGGAUUGUGGAAACUGAAGUCAUUACAGAAUUUGGAUCUGUCAUUCAAUGGGAUAUUGCAAAUCGGUGUGUCUGAUUUUUAUAACUGCCUGCAAAUGAAGAACCUGUAUUUAAGGAACAACAAGAUAUUCAAAAUUCAUCCAGAAGCCUUCAAGGACCUCAAAACAUUACAGGUCGUCGACCUCAGCAACAAUGCUCUGACCGCAGUCCUGCCCAUGGUGAUCAUUGCUCUGGAGCGUCCCCACCUGGAGGCUGACUUGGCCGGUAACCAGUGGCAGUGUGACGAUAGCAUGGUGGUCUUCCAAAAUCUCAUGUCUGAGUCCUGGAGGGGACGGUGGGGUGUGAUCUGCAACAAGUCUGUAGGGCCGGAGGAGGCAUACUGGUGGGCUCCCAGAAGCAGAAUUCCCAGGGAGACCCAGCUCCCUCACCCUGAUCCGAGUCACACACAGAGCCUCCCACGGAGCAAAGCUGCGGGGCCCGGGGAAGGCACGCGCUUGCUCCUCUCCGCUGUGGGCAAGAAGGACCACGCGGGCCCCGACACCGCUGAGCCGCAGGGACGGCCGCCACGGCGGGCGAGGAGCGCCGGGGCCGCGGACGCCUCCCCCCAGGACCUCGCCCUGGCCGUCUGCCUGGCGGUGUUCAUCACGUUCUUCGUGGCCUUCUGCCUGGGGGCUUUGGCGAGGCCUUACGUUGACAGGCUGUGGCAGCAGAGAUGCAGGCGGAAAAGGCCGGGUCCAGACCGUGCCUAUUCCAACGAGGGCUUCUACGACGACAUAGAAGUCGCAGGGAACACCCGGCACCCGCGGGGGGGUCUGCACCAAGCCUGCCACGGUCUGACCCUCCGUGAGACCCACGACCCUUUCCCAGGACCAGAGGCCAGCCCACAGGCUGCUGUCGUGGCUGACAGACCGCCGGGGCUGAGCAGGGCGCAAUGCAGCGGCGACGCGGGGGCGGGAAGGAGAAAGGGGGACGCGCUUCGCGCAGCCUCUCUGGCUCCCCGCGCACAGCCGAGUGCUGACGGCAGUGUGCUAGUCUCAGCAAAACAGGGCCACAUCCACAGGGACGUCGUUCUCGGAGAAAUCACCUAUGAAACGGAGGCCCUGGGACACUCUCUCGGUGCGUGUUCCACCGGCGUCCCUGUGAUAGCCCGCAGGCUGGGAGCAGGCCCCGGCUCAACCCACACGGAUUCGAAUGAGUUAGACCCACCACCGUCAAGAGGAAUGACAGCUGCUCCCUCUAAGACACGGACACAUACAAAAGCACAGAAGACUGGAGAGAAUAAGGAAGGAGGGGGCACAGAACAGUUACCUUUGGAGUUUUCUAAGAACAUGCAAGUGGGCACUUCCAUCAGCUUGCUGAAGGCACAGGAGCAAAGGCUCAAGGGAACCCAUGCUGAGCAAGACCAUUCCACCUCCUGUAGUUCGGCCACACUCAGUGCCCUAGGACAGAUGGCCCCGUCCCUGCCGGUCUCUCCUCCAGGAUGGGGUAGUGACCAACAUGUCACUCCUGCUGACGAGGAACCAGCACAGAAACACGCCCCUCCUGACACACAGUACGAGCUGGACACCAACUACGACUCUGAUGAAGGUUCUUUAUUUACUCUAAGUUCAGUAAGUACAGAGGGUGCCAGAAAUGUGACCGAAGAAGAGGCAGAUGACGAGGAAAGUUGCAGAAGCAGUGAGCCCCGGGGGGACGGGAACUCGGUGGGGAGGGAGGGCAAUGUUAUGUCAUUCAAGAGUCUUGAGGACAUCACCUUCCAGAAGACUCAGGGGAAAUGUGAGAAUCAGAAGGAUCGCUUUGAAAAACCUCUCAUUUCUGCUGCAGACUCUGGUUUGUACGAAAGUCGUCAGGAAAAUGCCUCUACCACCUACGAAUAUGAGAACCAACUGGGCAGGUCACUGGGCAGUAGUCCUUCCCGCAGCGAGAUCCCAGCCCCGCAGCUGGAGGCAGCAGGGUGGCACUGCUCACUUAGAGACCUGGACUUUUUCAAAGAGGAUAGUGCACCUCAAACAGCACCGUGUGCUGCUGAAGUUCCCUCGGGUCCUGAGAAGACUGCCUGUCGUGGAGGACACUCGGACACCUGUUCACGUGAACCUUUCCUUCAGGGAACAGACACAGAUGAAAAAAACAAUAUUCCUUUCCGGAUCCCUACGGGGGGGAACGCAAGACCCUCACAACAAGGUUCUGAAGGCGGCAACAUGCAUUUCAGCUCGAGGGACACUGAUGCACAUGAGGGGUCUGGGUGUCCUCUUGAGGACCCUGGCUCUAGAGACAGCACGCGCCCAACACAACUGUUACAGCUCUGCAGCCACGAGCCAGCCCUGCGGCGUGGAGGAGGAGGGGGGGAAUGUUCUGAAGAGGGUUCCAGGCGCCAGACGCCAUUAUUACAAGAGCUUCCCAAUAAAACCAGCUCGCUCAGAACACAGGCGCCCCUCGGCGAUGGAGAUUGGGGUAGAUACUCAGAGGAGAAUGUGUUGCAAUUAGGAAAAGAUGAUUCUAACUUCUUGACUCAAAUGCAGACCCAGAAAAACCUGAUGGGAGCUGAUGGCUGUCUAGGGGACUGGCUCUCUGACACAGACGAGGACAUUCAACCUGAAGCCCAAAGGGAACACAAGUAA